GGCAGGUGAGACCGUGAGGUGCAGGAAUUAGUAAUACCCCGGUAUAUAUAAGAGAUCCACAAAGACGGUGUGUGGGGGCGACGGAUGUGGCAUCGCUGAUGUGGUGGUCGGAAAGAAGAGGAGAGGGAGGUGGGUGGCAGUUUCGGGGGAAAAGAUGCAGCAUCACGAGGAAUUAAUUUCUCGACGCGUUGUCUUUGUCUUUUCCAGUCGCUGCCGCUGCUGUUUUGAUAUUGGAAUCUUUUCCCUGUCCUCGAGUCGCCCCGCAUUGGCUGGACCGCAAAGCUGCGGGGCCUUCUACUUUGCCGGGCAAGAACGGGAAAUGCGCAAGCUAUGAGUGUUGGAUGGACAAGCAGACGCAUCGCCACGAUUCUCGGAACACUCGCUGUUGAAAGAUUUUUUUUUGGAUGAGAUGGUGUUCAAAUGGUAUUGAUUCAGAUGCAACACAACAGGGGAAAAAGAAAAAGAAGUGCCAAAGAAUGCUUCAAAAGACUACUAAUGAUUUGAAAUUAAGACAGAAGUGAGGUUUACUGCACUUGCAUUUCUAGGUAAUAAUGCUAGAUAGUUCCUGGUGAUCGAACAUAUGUUCUGCUCUGUGUUAGCAUUUUCAUGAUGUUGUUGACAUGGCAUCACAAGAUAAUUGAUGAUUUCUUUUGGGUUUUUGUACUUGAUAUCAAUUUGGAUCGAAUGCCUUAUCCUCCAUUUGAUGUUUAUGGCCCAUCUGUGAGAAGAUACUCGAAGGUCUCACAAAACAAAAGCCUGGCGCAUACUGACUUGGCUCGUGGCCUGGGAGGACUCAAAAGCUUCCAUCAUCAAUCUACCACUUUGGGAGGACAUGUUUGGAUGAGCCAAACAAGGUAAGGAAAAGCAGGAUAAGAAUUAAGAGGAAUAGAACAACAAAAGAGAAGAAAAAGGAGCGGAAAAGGGCACAAUUUGAUGCAGGCACUGCAAAGAUGUUCUCUCCAAGACUUAAUUGAAGCGUGUUAUCCCCUCCAGGAGAAGUAGUUGCCAUGCUUGUUCUGAGGUCCAACGAAAUUAGGACAUUUCUUGAGUCUAUGCUUCUCACAGCAAAGCGGGAAAAAUCCAAAGAGAAAUGUGAUCUUGAGUUGGCCUUCUCUGCAUUGGCGUGUCGUGGUUGGGUCCCACCUGCGUCCUCCGUCUGAUCAUGGUCCAACGGUUGACAAUGAAUCUCCAACGUGAUCGCUGCGAUCAAGAAACAUAACGAAUGGGGAACCUCAUGUCCCACAGAAGUCACGUUCUUUACGUGCUCUCCUCGCCUUUCUCUCUCUCUCUCUCUCUCUCUCCGUGACCGCAUCCGAAGGCUUUCCCGUGAAAAUGGUUGUGGCCCAAAACAGCAUUGACAUGGAGGAGGGAAGCUUGGAGAUUGGCAUGGAAUACAGGACUGUUUCUGGAGUGGCAGGUCCUCUUGUCAUCCUGGACAAAGUUAAGGGUCCUAAAUAUCAAGAAAUUGUUAAUAUACGUUUGGGAGAUGGCACAACUCGACGUGGUCAGGUCCUGGAAGUUGAUGGGGAAAAGGCUGUUGUUCAGGUAUUUGAGGGAACUUCUGGCAUUGACAAUAAAUAUACAACUGUUCAGUUCACAGGAGAGGUCCUCAAGACACCUGUGUCGCUGGAUAUGCUUGGACGAAUUUUUAACGGUUCAGGAAAACCUAUUGACAAUGGCCCACCUAUAUUACCUGAGGCAUACUUGGAUAUCUCUGGAAGUUCCAUCAAUCCUAGUGAGAGAACAUAUCCUGAAGAAAUGAUUCAAACAGGGAUUUCUACAAUAGAUGUGAUGAACUCCAUUGCUCGUGGUCAAAAAAUCCCUCUUUUCUCUGCUGCUGGGCUUCCACAUAAUGAAAUUGCUGCUCAGAUUUGUCGUCAGGCUGGUCUUGUGAAGAGGCUGGAAAAAUCUGAUAAUCUCUUGGAGGAUGGUGAAGAGGCCAAUUUUGCUAUAGUGUUUGCAGCAAUGGGAGUCAACAUGGAAACAGCACAGUUUUUCAAGCGUGAUUUUGAAGAAAAUGGUUCAAUGGAGAGAGUGACACUUUUCCUAAAUCUGGCAAAUGACCCAACAAUUGAACGAAUUAUUACGCCUCGAAUCGCUCUCACGACUGCAGAAUAUCUUGCUUAUGAAUGUGGCAAGCAUGUUCUUGUCAUCCUGACUGACAUGAGCUCAUAUGCUGAUGCGCUUCGUGAGGUGUCUGCUGCUCGAGAGGAGGUGCCAGGUCGACGUGGUUAUCCAGGCUAUAUGUAUACCGAUCUCGCAACAAUAUAUGAACGUGCUGGUCGUAUAGAAGGAAGAAAGGGCUCUAUCACACAGAUACCGAUCUUAACUAUGCCAAAUGAUGAUAUUACGCAUCCCACUCCAGAUCUUACAGGCUAUAUCACCGAGGGCCAAAUCUAUAUUGACAGGCAACUGCACAAUCGACAGAUUUAUCCACCUAUCAAUGUGCUGCCAUCUCUCUCACGGUUGAUGAAGAGUGCCAUUGGGGAGGGUAUGACUCGUCGUGAUCAUGCUGAUGUGUCUAACCAGUUGUAUGCCAAUUAUGCAAUUGGGAAGGACGUUCAAGCAAUGAAAGCAGUUGUCGGAGAGGAAGCACUCUCGUCUGAGGAUUUGCUGUACCUGGAGUUCCUAGACAAGUUUGAAAGGAAGUUUGUAACUCAAGGAGCGUAUGAUACCCGUAAUAUCUUCCAGUCGCUUGAUCUUGCCUGGACCAUGCUACGCAUCUUUCCCCGAGAGCUUCUCCACCGUAUACCUGCCAAGACUUUAGAUCAGUACUAUAGCCGCGAUGCAGAUCACUGAGAGAUGCAAAGAUGAUAGCUCAACACCGUAUACUUGCCACGACUUUAGAUCAGUACUAUAGCCACGAUGCUACUCACUGAGAAGCAAAGAUGCCUUUUUUUUUUCUUCUUCUUCUUAAAUUAUGGAGGAGCCAAAGAUGAAUAAGCCUCUUCUACCUUUUAUUAUCUUUGGCUUGUCUGAUAUCAAUAAUAAAAUGUCCAACUGCAAAUUAUUUUAUGUACCGUAAAUGAUGAUAAUCUAUGAACAAAAGAUUCUUGUGGAUGAAAGCAACUGAUUCCAGACC